ACAAAGUACAUAAAAUGCUAAUAUGUGACUAACAAUUGUCUACCAUAGAACAUAGCUAUUUCCAUCUUUCUUAUCCACGAAAUCUCUUUAGUAUCCGUUACUCUAUCCAUUGUUAUUCUUUCACUUUUCUAAAUCCCUUAAGCUCCCUAAAAAAAGGAACAGCAAUCAUAGAAAUUGCAGCAGAAACACCAACAUAAACCAAUUCCUAAGCAGUUGCAACAAAAGCCAGAGAAAUGCUACAAAACUCAAGGAUACUGCAAACUUCUCCUCAACCAUUCAAUCCACCACCUCAUACAUCAGCACCAUCACCUUCAUCAUUCCAACUAUUACCUACCACACCACAUUUUCCAAUCCUCAAACAGCAAUGCAGGUUAUCGCGUAGAGAGCUCGCAAUCUACAGCAACUCUUGCUUGCUACUUCUUUUGGGCGAUGGAUCCAGAGCAAGAGCAGAAGAUGAUGUAACCAACAGUGACCAACAGGGAGAGAAUUUGACUAAUACUCUUAGUUGCACUGCAAGAAAACCAACUAAACAAGUUUUCUUUGACAUAUCUGUUGAUCGCGAACCAGUUGGUCGCGUUACUAUAGAGCUCUAUGGAGACGAUGUCCCAGCAGGUGUUGAGAGGUUUAGCAAGAUUAUCAGUGGAGCCGCUGGUGUAAGCUAUAGAAGGAAAGAGUUUGUCAAAAUCAUGCCGAAUUAUGUCCAACAUGGCGGUCUUAGAUCCUAUGGGGUGGAUGCGGAACUUGCUAACAAGACAGGAAGCAAUUUGGCUGCUGAAAAUCUUGUUGAGGAAUGGGAAAGAAUAUAUGAGAAAUGUCCUGGGACUAAAAACGUGGCUGGAAGUGUAGGCAUUAUUGUGAGAGAUCCAUCAAAACCACCCCCUAAGUUUAAACUGGUUGCAAGACUAGGGAAACUUGAGAUUGAUCAAGAAGAAGUUGGAACAGAUCCUAAUGGGACAGAAUUUGUCAUUGCGACCAAGGAUUCGCCAGAAUUGGAUACUUCGUCUCUAGUAAUUGGAAGGGUGGUAGGAGGGAUGGAGGUUGUGGAGAGGAUUAGUCAGGUGAAAACUGUACAAGAGAAUACAAGCUCUCCAUAUUUCAAGGUGGCAAAGCUUAUAGGAGACAAGAGGGCUGUUGUAGCCGAAAGGGGAUUCAACCGCCCUUACUCCAAAGUUGUCGUUACAAACUGUGGUGUAAUACAGUAGUACAAAAUUGUAUUCACUCCCUUUUCUAGUUAAAUUUCAGUGUAAGAGAACAUAUAAAAACACAUUCUAUGACACACUAUCAUUAUCCAACUCUAUGUAGCAUCUGCCAUUUCAAUUGCAAAUGGAAAAAAAAUAAAAAAUACAGCUCAGUUCCAAAAGGCAAUGUAAUCACGAAUAACAUCAAGGUGCAACAAAUUACUUUCUUUUGUUAGGAGGGGGAUUGAUCCAA